CGGACCCGCCGACUUAUGACGUAUGUCUGUACUACUAAGCACGCCACCUUGGGGUCGCACCACUUCUACAGAGACAUGUCUAGUUUGGCCGCAGCGAGUUGUGAGUCUCAGAGCUCUGAGAGUCAAGAGAAGAAGCCUCUGAAGCCAUGCUGUGCGUGUCCAGAGACCAAGAAAGCACGAGAUGCCUGCAUCAUUGAGAAGGGCGAAGAGAACUGUCAGCAUCUUAUCGAGGCGCACAAGGAGUGUAUGAGAUCCCUGGGAUUCAAAGUGUGACCAUGGGCCGGGGAGGGGUUGAGUGUGAAUGGGAACCGGUUUGAGUGCUGACUUGCGUUUUUAACUUAUUUCUGUCGCCUGUUGGAGUGCAAGACUGUGAUGGGAGCGCCCAGAUGCCAUAACUGAAGGUGUGCUGCUGACCUGCUUUCUUUCUGACCUAUUGAGGCACUCCACAUUAUUCUCUCUUUGCAAUGGAUUAAAGAUACAUAAGACAAG